UUCACGGCGACUUCACGAGCUGCCGUCGUCCGCCGCCGUCCCAUUGGUGCAGGUGAUCUGUCUCCACGAGAGAGAAUGCGAAAGGAGAGAGGAGGAGAGGGGAAGAGAGAGGGGACCGCGCCGUUGAAAAGUGUUCAGGGCACGAUUAAUAAAAGGAUACCGGCAGUUUGAAUCGUCCGCGGCACUCGGGCAAGAGACAGAUUGAUUGAAAAGGGGCACUUUGAGAUAUGAUGAGGUUUAUUUUUGGUUGGCAAUAGUACUAUGAUUUGGUAUGUGGCCACUUUGAUAGCAAGUGUUUUCAGCACCCGAGCAACGGCAGCUCAAGGUGCCCCCCGCGGAGUGCAGGACGAGCCCCAGUUUGUGACGGCGCGCGCGGGCGACAUCGUCAUCCUGGGAUGCGACGUGCCCCACCCCCUCAACGGUCAGCCCUACGUGGUGGAGUGGUUCAAGUAUGGAAUGCCCAUCCCCUUCUUUAUCAACUUCCGCUUCUACCCCCCACAUGUGGACCCCGAGUACGCUGGCCGAGCCAGUCUGCAGGGCAAGUCUUCCCUGCGGAUAGAGAAUGUGCGCUCCGACGACCAGGGCUGGUACGAGUGCAAGGUGCUGAUGCUCGAGCAGCAUUAUGACACCUUCAACAACGGCAGCUGGGUGCAUCUGACCGUCAACGCUCCGCCCACCUUCACGGAGACGCCCCCGCAGUAUGUGGAGGCCAAGGAAGGGGGCAGCAUCACCCUGACCUGCACGGCCUUUGGGAACCCCAAGCCUUCCGUGGGCUGGCUGCGCGAGGGCAACCUGCUGGUCAACAGUGCCAAGUACAAGGUGUCUGAUGGCAGUCUCUCGGUGCUGACCAUCCACAGGGAUGACAGAGGGGCGUACACCUGCCGAGCUUUCAGCCCCCAAGGAGAGGUCAUCCACACCACACGUCUGCUCGUACAAGGCCCUCCGUUCAUCGUUUCGCCACCAGAGAACAUCACGGUAAACAUUUCCCAGGACGCCUUCUUCACCUGCCAGGCCGAGGCCUACCCGGGCAACCUGACCUACACCUGGUUCUGGGAGGAGGACAACGUCUUCUUCAAGAAUGACCUGAAGCGCAGAGUCAGUAUUCUUAUUGACGGUUCCCUCAUCAUCGCUCAAGUCAAGCCCGAGGAUGCUGGGAAAUACACUUGUAGCCCUAGCAACAGCCUGGGUCAGGCCCCAACUGCCUCGGCCUACAUGACAGUGCAAUACCCUGCCCGCGUUCUGAACAUGCCCCCCGUCAUUUACGUGGCCAUCGGUCUACCCGGCUUCAUCCGAUGUCCCAUCGACGCCAACCCGCCGGUCACCAUGGUGAAGUGGAAGAAGGACGGCCUUCCUCUACGGAUAGAAAAGUACCCCGGCUGGAGCCAGACGGAUGACGGGAGUAUCCGCGUGGCGGAAGUGACGGAGGACUCUCUGGGCACCUACACCUGCAUGCCUUACAACGCCCUGGGCUCCAUGGGAUGGUCCACUCCGGCCCCCCUGGUGCUAAAGGACCCUCCCAAGUUCUCGGUGGUUCCUGGAGGGGAGUACAGGCAGGAAGUGGGCAGAGAGCUGGUGAUCCCCUGCGAGGCGGAGGGGGACCCCUUCCCCAACAUCACCUGGAGGAAGGUAGGGAAGCCCAGCAGAAGCAAGCACAACGUCCUGCCCCGGGGCAGCAUCCAGUUCAAGUCGCUCACCAAGGAAGACCACGGCGAGUGGGAGUGUGUUGCCACCAACGUAGCUACGAGCAUCACUGCCAGCACCCACCUCCUAGUCAUAGGCACAAGCCCGCACGCCCCUGUCAGCGUCCACGCGGUAGCGUCCUCCACCUGGGCCAACGUGUCCUGGGAGGCCGGCUAUGACGGAGGCUUCCCGCAGACAUUCUCAGUCUGGUACGGACAUGUGCUAAAGAGGGAGCGGCUGGGACCCCACGACUGGCUGUCGGUCCCGGUGCCGGGGGGCCAGCCGUGGCUGCUGGCGGCCGGCUUGGAGCCAGAGACGGCCUACCAGUUCAGCGUGCUGGCCCAGAACAAGCUGGGGACGGGCCCCUUCAGCGAGGUCGUCACUGUGAACACACUAGUAUUUCCUCUAAGUACCCCCGAGCCAUUGGUGCUGCUUACCCAACCACGGUGCCUCACAGCCAAUCGCACGCAGCAGGGAGUCCUGCUCACUUGGAUCCCGCCGGCCAAUCACACCGCACCGAUCCAGCAUUACAUCAUGGAGUUCCGGCUGGGCGAGCGCUGGGACGUGCUGGACGACAGCAUCCCCGCCAGCGAGACGGAGCUGCUGGCUCGCGACCUGAUUCAGGAAGCCUGGUAUGAGUUCCGCAUCAUGGCCGUCAUGGACGACCUGGUCAGCGAGCCCAGCAACAUAGUGGGCGUGUCCAGCACAGAUUUCUUCCCGCCUCCGGAGAUGGUGGAGGAGGGCGGUCUGGCGCGUCCCGUGGUGGCGGGCAUCGUCGCCACCAUCUGUUUCCUGGCCGCCGCCGUCCUCUUCAGCACCCUGGCCGCCUGCUUCGUCAACAAGCAGCGCCGGCGCAAGCUCAAGAGGAAACGAGACCCACCUUUAUCAAUCACACACUGCAGAAAGAGCGUGGAGGCAGCGAGUCCUCUUAGCCCCCUUCCUGGCAUUGAGCCCUACUGGGAGGGGCUGGACACCCGGAGGUACAAGCCUCCAUCUUCUAGUCCUCAGUCAUCAGGGAAGGUGAGUCCAGAGAGCAUGCAUUCCAAGGAGACUCCCUCAGACUCAUCUGACGAUGGCAUUGACUUGCACCUCAAGAAGAUUCCCACAAGCCCCGGGAGGAAAGAGGAACUAUCUUUAUACAAGAAGACCAAAAGAGCAAUAAUAAGCAAGAAGUACGGCAUUUCCAAGCACGAAGCUGAGGCCACAACACCGAUUGAACUGAUCAGUAGAGGACCGGAUGGACGCUUUGUAAUGGACCCCUCGGACGUCGAAAUGUCUGUGAAGCCCAGACGAAUCGAGGGCUUCCCGUUCGUUGAGGAGUCAGACCUUUACCCUGAGUUCCGACAGUCGGAUGAAGAAAACGAUGACCCCAGGCCUUUACCACCCGUCAUGGCUACACUUAGGCCUCACCAGAUAUCCCCCAUCUCCAGCCAGGAGUCCUAUCUGAGGCCCCCUGCCUACAGCCCUCGCUUUCAGAGGCCCUUGGAAGGUAUGACUAUCAUGGAGAGCAGUCGACUCCAGGCCACAGGGCAAAUCCGGAGCUCCCUCCACCACAGAGCGUUCUAUGGAUACCUAGGCAGCCAUAGAGACCAUGACCCCCCUCCUCCUUUCUACAUGCCGGAGACCAGCCCGCUCAGCUCUGUCAUGUCCUCCCCUCCGUACCUCACCGAAGGUCCGUUCGGUCACCCGAUGAUUCCCGAAGACAUGGGGGACGGCGAUUACCAACAGUACGCCGUCUCCGGUUUCCCCCUUCCCUUGACACUCGCCUCCUCGUCCCGUUCACCGGAGAUAUGGCAGGGGGUGGACUUCACGUUCGCAAGUCUAGAGGGACCACACUUUAUCUUCCCCCCACCACGCCCUUUCCACCUCCACCGCCACGACUCUCCCUACCCACCCCCGCCUCCUCCUCCUCAUGUCCUUCCCCUUAGCUCCUUCCAGCCCCCUCCUCUACCGAUGCCCACCUACCCCGCUGUCCUGCCACUUGAGGCUUCCAAGGGCCGCCUAGGGAAGUCGCCAAGUAAGGCCAGGCCUCGAGGCUCCCCGGCCAGGCAUAUAACUAUGCAAGAGGCUCAUCUAGGGCAGCUAAGGCAUACAAGUCACGGCAUGGGUGUGCCGGUUUUACCUUACAAUGAACAAAUGGCACGAAUAGUCCCCAGCACAUUCAGCAGCCUGGACACUCGGUGGUUUGAAACCGCCCCUCGUUUCAGCCCCAGGCAGGUUCGUAGAAUGGAUCCCGGAAUACAUCAAGUGGUCCUCCAACCCUCCCGACUCUCUCCCCUGACCCAGAGCCCUCUUAGUUCUCAUCAGGGCUCUCCGGAGAUCUUAGUGCGUCCCCGACCGCGUCCCAGCAUUGUCCAACCUCCCAUACCUCCGGAGAUGUCUGAGAUCACACUCCUUCCUCCUUCCACAGCCAGCUUCUCAAGGAGAUCCUCUCCCUCCUCCUCACCUGCCAAAGGCCAGGCUAGCAGGAGGGCAAGUCCAAGCUUCCGUUCCCACAUGGCCUUUGCCACCUCUGCAACCAGCUACCCGUCCCAGUCCCCUUCACCCCCCAUGGAAAGCAGCAACAUGUUUGGGCAGAUGCCAUCUCAGAGGAGGACUGAGGAGGGGAUACUUCCAUCUGAGCCCUCUCCACCCCAGUUGUCAGCUUCAGGAAGACGCAGAGGUGCCCCCAGUGCCCAGCCGGGGUCUGAGAGGAUUGACGCACUGAAAUACCAACGUAUUAAGAAGGCAAAGAAGAUGAUGAUGAACAACAAUAACUCCAAGGCCAGAAGGAAAACAGGUGUCUCCACCUCUCAGACCCAGCAGGCCUACACCUCUCAGGAACCCCCGCCCGAAGAAGCUCUCUACCUCCGCAAGAAGAAGAAACGGCCCAUCCGCCACGACCCGUACAUCCGCUUCUCGGCCCUGCUGUACCGCCGCCCACUGCAGGAGGACCAGAGGGCCAUCCUGGCCAGCAUGGACAGCAUCGACCUGGACCACGCCACCCUCCUCUGAGCGGCCCUCCAGUCAAGGUCAACGCAUACGCGCCAGUCCUGCCUCUGAAACAACAACUAGCUACAUCAAACUCGGGCGGCAAACAAACGAAAUACAAAAGUAAUUGUUACAAGGACAACAACCAAAAGAGAAGGUUGUGUCCCGGAUUUGGAAAUAGAAUCGCAAUUACCGUAGAAAACGGGAAUGCGGCUGAACAUUAGGAUUUAGAUAUGUGGUUCCGCUGCCUUCGGAAAAAAAAGGUUUUGUGUAAUUGUUCACUUUUUCCCAUCCAAUGGGCGAAAGAAUAGUUCAGUAGAAAUGUGUAUCAGCCAUGAUCCGAGAUGUCAUGGAGAUACGCACGGUGACGUUCUCAGCAAAAAUAAAAAUCGUUGACAAAAUGAUUAAAAAAAAAAGGAAUCAGUAUAAGCGAGACAUUAUAAUUCAUACAACAACACAAUAUGAAAAGUAGAAAGAGUAAUUGAAUUGAAACAGUCAUUUGAACCUCUUAUUUAGUUUCCACUGUGCUAUUCAUAGCAGCAAUGGUCGUCUAUUGGAAUUACAUCUGAGGUUUUUAUCCUGGUUUGAUAACUAAAGAAAAACGUAAUUUGAAGAAAAGUUGGGGAAAUUUAAAACACAAGAGCAUAAAAUGUCUAUGCUUAAAUCGAGUGGUAUUCCCAUAAAAAGUAGAUGUUUAAAUUCGAAGAAGGUAAUUGCAAAUUUUAUAGCUGCCAUAGGUUUGAUUGUCUACUCCAGUGCAAACAUUUUCUGUUAUUCAAAACAGAUACUAUUCAAUAUGAUCAACUUAUGUCUAACAAUGUGUAUUUGUUUCAAAAAAGGAAAUCACACUGCAUUAUAACUGUUUUAUUAUUUGAAAGUUCGUUUUUUAUGUCCCUUGUGUUGGACCACAGUUUACAGAAUCUCUCAAUAAACCUCACUUUCUCUCUCACACACACAUGCACGCACGCAUGCCAAUCGCACGCACGCAUGCACACACGCGUGCACAUACACACACACCUACAUACACAUACAUCCGCGCACACUCACACUUGACAUAAACCACUGUAUCACUUGCUCCAUUCUGCCAGAACAGUCUCAAUCUGCCGGGGAAGUGUUCACGUGUUCUUGCGCGUUACCAACGUUACCUCAGAGCACUGUUCACAAAACCUCGCCUACACCUAGCAUUCUUUCUAUUACACUUGAUUCAUGGACAGUUAACCUGGGACCAUUGAGUCCUCAUGGACCAUGUAGAAAUAAUAACCCAGCCAUUAAAACACAACUUCCACUUCUGUUAGCAUGCAAGUAGGUUUGGCCUUCCAAUUUCCCUUGUUAGUGAAUUUAUAGUUUCUGCUGAUGAAACUGUAAAUUACAGUACAUUUUAUACACUUCAAUUAUACCUUAACCCCCGAGCAAAUUAAAACACAUUUGUAACUAU